AUGGGCGAUGACAAGGUGGAGUCUGAGAACUGGGAGAACCCCAACGUGGUCGGCACGGAGCAAUACAUAGAUGCCGAACCCACCUGGGCCAAAUAUAUCCCCGGAGGCUACUCAAGGUCGAGAUGCUUGAAACUAUCGGGAAUGCCCAUGGUGUCAUGUAUCCUUGGCCUCGCAGGGACGUGUCUGCUGUUCUUUGGCUACGACGCCGCGGUUAUGAGUCUGGUCAAUAUCAACCCGGACUAUCUGCAACACAUGGACUCUGCUGAAGGUACGGACCGUGAUGCCGCUCGCGUUGGAGGCAUCGUGAGCUUCUGGUUCCUGGGUUUCCUCGUCGGCGGAAUUAUGGCCGGCAGCUAUGCCGACAAGAUUGGACGACUCAAGUCCAUCCAGCUGGGCUGCGUCUGGGGAAUAGUGGGAGCCUGUCUUUUGGCAUCCGCUCAGAACUUCUCUUGGAUGGUGUGCGCGCGUAUCAUCAGCGGUAUAGGCUGCGGCCACCUCAAUACCAUCGCCCCCAUUUAUACCUCGGAACUUGCAGACUACAACCUACGGGGCGCAUAUGUCUCGGUGCAGUUUACGAUGUGCGUCGCCGGGGCGACCAUGACGUAUUGGAUGGAAUACGCCGCCCUCAAGACCAGGUCUCCUCCGUUCGCUUGGCGGUUUCCCCAAGCCUUCCAAAUGCUGUUUUUGCUCUUGAUUCUCCUGGUGGCCAAUUUCUUUCCCGAGACACCGCGCCAUCUGGCCAAAAAAGGUCGUUUCAAGGAGGCUCGAGAGAUCCUCCACCGUUGUCGCCUUCGACCUUCGGAGCAAGCGAUUGAGCAGGAACUGGCGGAGAUUCGAGAAGCCAUUCGCAUCGAGGCCACAUCCUCGGCUCGCGGCUUUCUUUCCAUGAUCUGGAAAAAGGAUGCUCUACAUACCCGCCGUCGUGUCGCUCUGGCCAUGGGGAUCCAAGCAAUGGAAAAGCUCUGUGGUCCCGAUGCCAUUGCAGCCUACGGACCCAUCGUCUUCGGUCUCAGUGGAUUUACCGGUAACUUGCCUGCCAUGCUUGCCGGCUUCAACUUUAUAUCCUACACACUCAGUGUCCCUAUCGGCAUGUACUUUGUCGAGCGAGCCGGGAGACGAAAGCUGAUGCUGAUCGGUUUGGUGGUCAUGGGAUCUUCACUGCUCAUUACCGGUCCACUCGCGAGAGAAGCCAUCAACACACCCGAAACCCAAUUGACCAAGAAAAGAGCCUACGGCGCCGCGGUGGUUGCGUUCGUGUUUUUGUAUACCUGCGGAUUCGGCAGUACCUGGAUCACAUGCUGCUGGGUCUAUCCCACCGAGGUCUUUCCCCUCGCCACACGAGCAAAAGGCGUCUCCCUGUCCAUGGUGUCGUUUGCCAUCUGGGGUGCCGUCAUCAACGAAGUCAUCCCGUAUGUCAUCAGUGCCGUGGGUUGGUGGGUUUUCAUCAUAUUCGCCGUCAUGAACUUCAUCCAAAUUAUCCCCGUGUGGUUUUUCUAUGUUGAAACCGCCCAUCGUCACCUGGAGGAGCUUGACAUUCUCUUCGCCAGCGACAGUCCUCUGGCGUACAAGAUGGAACGUGAGUUUGCCGAAAAGAAACGUGCCCUCGGCUUUCACACUGGAAAUGUGCAACUGGUGCAGACUGCCUAA